CGAUUUGUUAAGCCCCCGGUAUCCAAAACAGCGGCAUCAUUCAGAUUUCCACCGCCUGCCACAACAGCUCUCCUACCAUUCUUCUGAAAUACAUAUAUAGAAACAAAGAGUGAAAAUGGGAAUUCCGAUGGAUAUGAGAGACGCCUGGGUAAACAACAGGAGGAAAUCAUCAAGUUUUAUGAUUGCUUCUCCUGAAGAGGAUCUCAAGUUUCUCAGAUCGCAAAUGUGUACUCAAGAAGGGGUUCGUGAAGGAAUGAAGGCAGCUUCAGUUGCAUGUGUUGCCAGUGCAGUCCCUACGUUGGUUGCUGUCCGGACAAUUCCAUGGGCGAAGGCAAACCUAAAUUAUACUGCUCAGGCACUCAUUAUAUCUGCUGCAUCCAUUGCAGCAUACUUCGUCACUGCUGACAAAACCAUCUUGGAGUGUGCUCGGAAAAACACACGCUUACUUUACGAUAAAACCGCUUAAGAAAGAGGUAACGACCACUUCUUGGUGUUGUCUAUAUCAAGUUUACGUUUCUGCUGCGGUCCCCAAACUGUACGUUUCCGUUCUGUAACAGUGAGAUGUGUACUUAACACCUUUUUAUGCAUCAACCUGUGUUACUAUAGUUUGCUUAAGUUGGCAUUUGAGAAACCUACUCUUUUCUGCACUUUUCGGGUUCGAGUGUGAAGCAGAUAAGUCUCUCUUUAAAUGGAAUCGCAUGUUCCUUUCCAUUCGUCUAAAAUGAAUUGCAACAAUUUUCAUGUUGAAUGUUAUAAAGCACCAUCGGUUUGUUAUUUUAUACAAUUUUU